UCAGACAUAAAAGGUCUUUUUUUAAGUUCAGAAACGAAAAUUUUCAACGUGAAAAUUCGAUCAAUUUUAGUUUUUUUGUUCAAUUUCAAAUUUUAAAAGGUUAUUUUCCACGAAAUUUCACCAAAAAUCAGUUUUAAUCAGAAUUAAAAUCAUGUCAUCCACCGAUAUUGUAAAUGCCAUCAUGUCAACUAUUAAACUUGUGAAUAAUCCAGCGACAAAACAAACCAUUGAUUCAUCGGCUAUCAUUGAAAGUGGAUUUUUCGCCAAAGUUUCCGAAAGCCUAUAUUUGAAUACAAAAAUAAACGAUUUUCACUUCGUCUUCGAUUCGAGUGAUCGAAUUCCGGUGCACGAACUUUUGCUCUCCGCAGGUAGUGAAGUUUUCAAAACGAUGUUCGGUGGAUUGUGGAAAGGACAAAAAGAGAUUAAAAUCACUGAUGAGUCAUCUGCUGUGUAUAAAGAAUUUCUGCAAUUUUUCUACUUAAAACAAGUAAAGUUAACCAAAGAAAAUGCUGCGAAGGUCAUGCUUCUUUGCAAGAAACACGACAUGGAUGAGUGUGCGGUUGUGUGCGGAAAAUUUCUGAAAUCAAUCAUCGAUGACGACAAUGUAUGUUAUCUGUAUGGAUUAGCGAUCAGCUGUGGCAAUGAAGAGUUGAAAAAAUUCUGUGAAAUGAUCAUUGGUUUCAACUCGCAGGCAGUGUUUGCAUCCGAUAGUUUUAAAGACUGCAGUCGCGAUGUAUUGAGUGAAAUUCUCGAUAUGAAUGAAACAUUGUGUUGCCCUGAAAUUGAGUUAUUUGAAGCGUGCAUGACAUGGGUGAAAACGGCUAGCAAAAGGAAAUAUUUGACAGGGAAAAUUGUGAAAGCUUAUAUGGGCGAUUUAUUUUAUAAAAUUCGUUUUGGAUCGAUGCCAUUCAAAGACAUUGGCAAUAUCAUGGUUGAAUAUACCGAACUAUUUACGCCCGAUGAAUUUAAAAUCAUUCUUCAGAAAACGGUGCCCGGCGAAUUUCAUUCAUACAAUUUUUGCAAUUCACGUCAAAUACCGACGAAACCCAUUUUAUGCCAAAGGAAUCAAGACGUAGUCCAUUGUAAUCGAAAUCACACAUCGAUAAAUGUUGAUGCGACUGAUUUCGUAAUUAAAAACAUUGAAACGACCACAUUCUCUAGUGAUAAACCGCUCAUUUUCUCCGCAUUUGGGUGUUCAUAUCUUGGUGACAAAGAACUGGUUAUACCGACCGAAAUAACCAUUUUCGAAAUCAAUACAUUUGAUUUGAGCGAAAAAAUCGUCUUGGAAAAAGAGAAUACCAUUUUAAAACCAUUCAUUACUCUAUCCAAAUUGAUUUUUAUUAAACCGAAAUGUUUAUAUCGAAUUAUCAUGAAACAAACUCCACCACCGAAUACUAGCUAUUCAAUUAAAAAAUACCGCAAAAUGAACACGAAAAUGGACGGACGUGAUAUUAAUAUGGAAUUCCACGACCGUGUCGAAUGUGAAGACGAUAACGGUAAAUACGGAAUAUCAAUCAUAGAUACGAUGCAAUUCAUCAAUAUUAAUGGAAAUAUUGAAGACGCCACGGCAAGGAAGUAAUUCGUUUGACAUAGGGUUUAGAAGAUAUUUUGUCACAACUUUUGAUGCUUCGCACUUUAACUUGA